CGUCUGGUUGUUAUAGUGAUAAACUGAGGCCUUGCCUUUUGGCUUCUCGGGGAAGGAAACGGGAGGGUGUGUGUGUGGGGGGGUAACCUCUUCACUUCCCCCAGGGAAGACAGAAAGAAGGGGCGAAGAAGGGGGAUGGGUGAAGAAGAGAAAAAUACGUGACAAAGAAAACAUUCUCUGCCUGGAAGGAGACUCACAGAGGGUGUAGAGCUGGAGGGAGCAUUCACUGGCCAUGCCAGUACUUACCACUGAUGCUGAGUCAGAAACAGGUAUCCCAAAAUCCCUUUCCAAUGAGCCUCCCUCAGAAACCAUGGAGGAAAUAGAGCACACAUGCCCACAGCCUCGACUGGCAGUCCAUUGUGUCCUUUUUGAGGCCCCUCUAUCCGAAUGGCCUAAGAAUCCAGAAAGUUUCCUCAGUUCAAAGGGAGCCAGAAAGACCCUGACUGCACCUGCCCCAUUUGCAGAUGAAACCAGCUGCCAAUGCCAAGCACCCCAUGAAAAACUGACCAUUGCUCAGGCCCGCUUAGGAACACCAGUUGACAGGCCUGUCAGAGUUUAUGCCGAUGGAAUAUUUGACCUCUUCCACUCAGGUCACGCAAGGGCACUUAUGCAAGCAAAAACACUGUUUCCCAACAGCUACUUGUUGGUUGGAGUUUGCAGUGAUGACCUCACCCACAAAUUCAAAGGUUUCACUGUGAUGAACGAAGCAGAGAGAUAUGAAGCCCUCAGACACUGUCGCUAUGUGGACGAAGUCAUUAGAGAUGCUCCAUGGACCCUCACUCCAGAGUUUCUGGAAAAACACAAGAUUGACUUUGUGGCCCAUGAUGACAUUCCCUACUCUUCUGCCGGCUCUGACGAUGUUUACAAGCAUAUCAAAGAAGCCGGAAUGUUUGUUCCAACACAGAGAACGGAAGGCAUCUCAACAUCAGACAUUAUCACCAGGAUUGUCCGUGACUAUGAUGUUUAUGCCCGACGCAACCUCCAGAGAGGGUACACAGCCAAGGAACUAAAUGUCAGCUUUAUAAAUGAGAAGAAGUACCGCUUCCAAAACCAGGUAGACAAGAUGAAGGAAAAGGUCAAGAACGUGGAGGAAAGAUCAAAAGAAUUUGUCAACAGAGUAGAAGAAAAAAGUCAUGAUCUAAUUCAAAAGUGGGAAGAGAAGUCAAGGGAAUUCAUUGGCAACUUCCUGGAGCUGUUUGGGCCUGACGGUGCAUGGAAGCAGAUGUUCCAGGAGAGGAGUAGCCGGAUGCUGCAGGCCUUGUCCCCGAAGCAGAGCCCAGUGAGCAGCCCCACCAGGAGCCGGUCCCCGUCCCGCUCCCCGUCACCCACCUUCUCUUGGCUCCCAAACAAAACCUCACCCCCCUCCUCACCCAAAGCAGCCUCAGCCUCCAUCAGCAGCAUGAGUGAGGGGGAUGAGGAUGAGAAGUAAAGGCUGCUGGCAGAUGAGAGCCACCCCGCGCGGGCUGGAGUGGGGGCGGGGUCACCGGGCUUGCCUGGGUGGGGUUGGAAGGGUCACAGUCGCAGGGGCAGCGGCUCAGCUAAGGUAAGGCCUGGGGACCAGCUCUCCCCCAGUCUCCACUCAGCCUAACAUGUGGGCUCUGCAUGGAGGUUUCUAGCCGGACAACCUUUACAAACCUUCUUAGCAGCAUCCAGAAUCACUCUACUUUAACCUUGCUAAGGAAAGAUGCAGAGCACCCCCAGGAGACUUGCACCCAGUGGGGUGUCUUCUGCUUUGGUCCUUCCACCCGCCCCCACCAAGUUCACCACCCGUGGAAGCGGCCAUUCCCUCAAUCCGCUACUUGCAGCUCACAAGGGCCCUGCACGUUGCCUCCUCCUACCCAAGCUCUGCCAGAAUAAAAUGGUUUCCCAUA